AUGAAACUUAUGCAUUUUUUCGAGCCAGAAUGCAAGAAUGAGGUUGAAUACUCGUGCCCAUGCACCUCUCCUGAAACUCUAUCUUGUGAACUGCAUGCUGGUAAGCAUAUGAAGAUCCCUAGCAGAGCUCAUUCUUUCAACUCAAUUUUUGUAGAGCCACGUAAAGAGACAAAAGAAGAAAUUAUUAAGUUUCUCACAAGAGAAAACUCAAAAAAUAGUAAGUUAAGGGGAGAUAAUUUGCCACUCAAAGAAAUUAUAAAAUUUGCUCAAAAACCUUCAUUCUAUAUUUCAGAUUUAGUUUACAAGGAGCAGAUUCAUUUGCUAAAAGAUGAAAUAAGAGAAAUAUCAACUUCAAUUUGAAUAGCAGAAAAUAACUCCCAAACUGUGGCUGUAAAAAAAUAUACUUAUAGAAAGAAAAAACUUACUCGAAAAUACAAAAAAGAAGCAAAAUUUCUUGCUAUUUUAGAUUUGCUUACUCUCAUAUCUGAGGGCGAGCUAUUUUAAAUAGCAUUGGAAUCAUUUUCGGAUUUUAAAAAAAUUAAUUUGAAUGAUAUAAAAGUUCAUCCUUUAGGAAUUCGAACUAUUCUAAUUUCUUAUGGAUGGCGCUAUUUUGGCAUUGAUUUUCCCACAGGGAAAAUUUUUUGGUUUGGCCAAACCAUAUGGCACUGGUCGAACCAAAAAAUAUUUCAAGUGGAAAAAUCAAGGCCAAAACAGCGCCAUCCACAGAAAAUUGCAAUAUAAAAUAUAAUAUGAUAAACUAAUUAUAUCAAAUUUUAUAUGCAAAACAAUAUUAUCAUAAAAAAUUUGCUUGCUCCUCAGCUAAAGGGGAGAUUUAAUCAUCCAUUUUUUGUAAAGUUUUAUAAAUUCGGCAAAAAAUCAUUAGAAGGACAGUUUGAGUUUUGCGUCGUUAUGGAAUACUGCCCUAGUAGCUUGCAUAGACAAAUUAUGGAAAAAAUUGUCUUUGGUGAAAAUUCUAAUUCUAUCAUAGCUAAAAUUGUGGAUAAAUUAUUAACUCCCCCCCCUCCGUGAGUGAACAAAACCAUUAGAAAAAUCCCUAUUUUUUGCCCAAAAACCCACCCUCGUGAGAGUGAACAAAAAUUUUUUUAAUAGAAAAAUUUUUUAUGGAAAAAACUUUUGAUAUAUAAAUGAUAAUUACUAUAAUGAAAUCUAGAGCUAAUUCUGUUUAAUUUUGAACAAAUUGCUUUUUAAAACAUAAAUUUUAUAAAUUAAAUUAAUAUUUGCUUUCCAAUACUUGCGAAUUAGGAUUUUUUUAAAUUUCGAAAAAAAUAUUUUUUAUAAAAUUUAUAUAUAAAUUUUUUUUAAAACAAAAAAAUUAACCCCCCUCCGUGAGUGAACAAAAUUUUUUUGUUCACUCACGGAGGGGGGGGGAGUAAGCGGAUUUGUAAAGUUAAGCAGCUUAAAUAUUGUGCAUAGAGAUAUAAAGCCUCAAAAUAUCUUAGUCUCUGAGGAUGGUGAGUAUAAACUAAUUGAUUUUGGGAUUUCUGAAGUUGUUUCAUCAAUUUCUGAAGAAAAUGAGUACUUAAUUAAGGGCACACAUGAUUAUAUGUCUCCAGAACUUAUUUCAGAGUUAAAUAAAAAUUCUCAAACGUGUGUGAAGUUUAAAUAUAACCUGGAAAAAGCAGAUGUUUAUUCAUUAGGACUAGUAUUUUGGAAAAUUAGCACAGGUAAAAGAGUAAAAGGAAUCAAUCAAAUUAUUUAUCAAGAGGAAAUGUGCGAAAUUCUUAAUGAAAUAAAAUUAAACUGACUAAGAAAAGUGCUAGAAAAAAUGCUCUUGAUGGAUCCAGCAAAAAGAUUCACAUUCAAAGAAGCUUACACAUAUCUGAAAGAAGAUGAUGAUUUUAUCAAAGAUCUGAAUCUGGCUUAA